AUGGAUCCCGUCUACGAGAUAUUUGACCCUUCGUCAUCUGGCGAGGAGUUCGAAUUAAAUUUAGCUCUUACUAUGGAAGCAGAACGUUUGGCUGAAGUUGAAGCAUACGAUCUAUACUUCAUCCAAAGAAGAGAUGCUGCUAGAAGACUUGGGCAUUCCUCCCUUCAAAAAAUAACUGAUGCGAUGAGAAUAUUAGCUUAUGGAGUAUCUGGUGAUUUUGUGGACGAAUACUUAAGGAUUGCAGAAAAUACAGCAACCGAGUGUUUGAAGAAAUUUGUUAAGGCUGUCAUUACCAUAUUCUCCAACGAACACUUAAGAUCACCAAACGACAACGAUAUGGCUAGAUUACUCACAGUUGGAGAAAGUCGUGGGUUUCCUGGGAUGUUAGGAAAGCUCACUGAAGGACGUGUUCCGAAGGUCAACUACUCAAUAAAUAGAAAUGACUACUCAAUGGGAUAUUAUCUUGCUGAUGCUCAAGAAUCAGCAAGAAAAGAUGUAGAAUGGGCUUUUGGAGUGCUUCAAGCUCGAUUUGCAAUUGUACGUGGACCUGCAUGA